UGAGAGGGGAGACCGCCUGGGCUCAUUGUACAACCCUAUCCCCUCUGAAAUGACCUGGCUGUGGGCCCCGGGGAGAGAGCCAUGGACCUCUCAUUAGAGUCCCUCGGCCCCUCAGGCUCUGUGGAGAACCAGGACUUGCUUCUCCAAGACUCCAAGUCCUCCUGGACUUUGGUAGACACCAUGAACUACGUGGGCCAGCUGGCCGGCCAGGUGCUGGUGACAGUGAAGGAGCUGUAUAAGGGCAUCAACCAGGCCACGCUGUCCGGCUGCAUAGACGUGGUGGUGGUCCGGCAGCCCAACGGCACCUUCCAGUGUUCCCCGUUCCACGUCCGCUUUGGGAAACUGGGCGUGUUGCGCUCCAAGGAGAAAGUGAUUGACAUUGAGAUCAAUGGCGAACCUGUGGAGUUGCACAUGAAACUGGGAGACAACGGAGAGGCCUUUUUUGUUCAGGAGACCGAGCAGCAUAAUGAGGUCAUCCCUGCCCGCCUCGUGACAUCGCCCAUACCCACAGAGGAGGUGUCAUGGAGAGGCAGAGAAUCUAGAGCGGGAUGGUCGUGUCUGGAGGGUGGGCAGCCGGUGCCCCCGGGGGUCUCCGAGGACCCGGGCCACUCCUCCAACUCCCCCCUCCUGCCCCCUAGCAGUGCAGCAGGGAAGAAGAAGAAGAGGCGCAGGAGGAAGCACAAAGCAGACCUGCGGAAGGAAGAGCAACAGACUCCCGGCUUUGAGGAGGUCUGUGACCUGAGCUCCGACGAGGAGCCUGGGGCACACACCGGCAGGGCCUCCUCAUUCACCGCAGUAAAGGAGCCAUUGGAACUGAGGCAGCACCCCACCCUCCACUCCCUGGACAGCUACCCCUUCUCUGACGGAGACUGGUUUCCCAGUGACAGCCACAGAUCCCUGUCUGAGCCAAUGUCACCGAAGAGUGACUCUGAGCUGAUGGUGAAGCCAUCAGAGAGCAUGCUCAGAACAGAGCCACACAUGCAGUGGUCCUGGGGAGAGUUCCCAGAAUCCACCAGGGUCAGUAAGAAAGAGCGCUCAGAGCAGCCUAAGGAGGUGGCCAUCACCCCAUCAGAAAGCACCCACUUCAGGGUUAUCCUCAGCUCUGAGGCCAUGGAGGCAGAGGUUGGGGGCCUCCAUAUGUCUCUGGACCCCGUGUGUGUACCUGCCAUCGUCAAACCCGAGCCCCGGACCCCCAAACCCAAUGCCCUCCAUAGCUCCAGUCAACACGCACCUGACCUAAUAUCGGAACCCCAUGGUGUCCCCAAACCCAUUCAGGACCAAUGUCCCCCGAAACAUGAACCGUGUCCCCGCAAACCAGAACCAGCUGCUCUACCAUCAGAGCCCCUUCCAGAUCUGUGGACCUCGGCCAAGCCCGAACGGAAGGCCCGUUGGACCUCAUCGCCCCCAAGUGUGAUUGGUUCCAGCCAAAGGGACGUUGGCUCUGUCUGUGGGGCCGAGGACACGGGGGCGGUGGGCUCCAAGACUGAAUCCCCCUCCAAAAGAAAAGGUGUGAGGAAGAGGAGUCAGCACCAGGGGCCUGAGGACAUUUACCUGGACGACCUGAACGCUCUGGAACCUGAUGUCGUCGCUCGCUACCUAGGUCCCAAGAGCGAGUGCGAGGCGGCGCCGAAACACUGGGUGGAGGUGGGCCGGCGUGACGGGUCUCAGUCCCCUCAGUCUGUGGGCAGCGCAGCGGCCGACAGUGGGACCGAGUGUCUGUCGGACUCGGCGGGGGACCUACCAGACGUCACCCUGUCUCUCUGUGGUGGCCUCGGAGAAAACUCUGAAAUCUCCAAAGAGAGGUUCAUGGAGCACAUCAUCACAUAUCAUGAAUUUGCUGAAAAUCCAGCAAUCAUCGACAAUCCAAAUUUGGUGGUUAGAAUUUCAAACCGAUAUUACAAUUGGACUUUGGCAGCACCAUUGAUUCUGAGCAUGCAAGCUUUCCAGAAGAACUUGCCUAAGGCUACAGAGGAGGCGUGGGUGAAAGAGAAGAUGCCGAAGAAGUCAGGCCGCUGGUGGUUCUGGAGAAAGAGCAGCGUCAAACAGUCUUUAGAGGCCAAGAUGGGCCGACAGGAGUCCUUGUUAGAGACACUCAGAGACACAGAGAGUCCAGUCCUGGAGCAGGAGAAUCCAGUGGCGUCACAGCAGAAAGCCUCAGCAGACUCGUCUAGCGAAGAAGAAUCUAAAGAGCUUAACUCGGCGGUGCCAACUGAGCGAGUGCAGGCAGAGAUAACAGCACCGGUGGGCUCGCACUCCUACAAGAAGUCUCUCCGCCUUUCAUCGGACCAAAUUGUCAGUCUGAAACUCCGGGAGGGGCCUAACGAUGUCACCUUCAGCAUCACCACCCAGUACCAGGGCACGUGUCGCUGUGAGGGCACCAUCUACCUGUGGAACUGGGAUGACAAAGUCAUCAUCUCCGACAUCGACGGCACCAUCACCAAGUCGGAUGUGUUUGGCCAAAUCCUCCCACAGCUUGGGAAAGACUGGACCCAUCAAGGCAUCGCAAAACUUUAUCACUCAGUGCACGAGAACGGUUACAAGUUCCUAUACUGCUCAGCGCGGGCAAUUGGCAUGGCGGACAUGACCAGAGGGUACCUGCACUGGGUAAACGACCGGGGAACCAUCUUGCCUAGAGGACCCCUAAUGUUGUCUCCCAGUAGCCUUUUCUCAGCCUUUCAUAGGGAGGUGAUUGAAAAGAAGCCAGAGAAGUUUAAGAUCGAAUGUCUGACAGACAUUAAGAACCUCUUCUAUCCAAACACACACCCUUUCUACGCAGCCUUUGGAAACCGUGCAAAUGAUGUCUUUGCCUACAAGCAAGUGGGUGUCCCUGUGUGCCGGAUAUUCACAGUCAACCCAAAAGGAGAGCUCAUCCUGGAACAAUCAAAAGGCAAUAAGACAUCAUACGGUCGACUGAGUGAACUGGUGGAUCACGUUUUCCCUUUACGCAGUAAGGAACAAAGCGCCACCUUCACCUUUCCAGAGUUCAGUACCUUCUGCUUCUGGAGACAGCCAAUUGCGGAAGUCUGCCUGGAGGAGCUGCUCUGAGACAACCUAUUGCCAAAGUCAGUCUUGAAGCGCUGCUUUGAUUCUGAUUGAACAGUUCCCACAGCUAUGGGUUUUUGAUUAGGUAUUAAGGCAAUACCUAACAGAACCUUUGGUAUGAUAGAUGCACCUUGUUUUUUGGUCCAAAAGAAGUCACUUGAGAUUAAUUAGCUGAAAAAUGUAUGUAAGCAAUAUUGUAUAUUGCUUAACAAUCCUAUAACUCAUGACAUCAUGAUUGCUUGCAUUGCCUUAACACUCACUUUGAUGACAUAUUACGUAUCUAUUGGAGUGAUGCUUAUUUCAUUGUUUAGUGCUUCACAGGUAUGCCAGCAUUCACUGGAAUGAUAUCUAUAAGAACUGACUCACAUUAUCAAAUUAGGUCUACAUUCCAACAUUUAUUUUAAAGACUUGAUGUAAAGAGAGACUACUUCAGUAAAUUGAUAAGAUUGAGCGAUAAAACACUUCCUAGGUUUGUCCCACUGCUUACAAAGGCCUUUCUGUAGACAUACUAUCCUUAGGUAACACAGACUUCGGUAACACAGGCUGCCAGUAGAACUGGUUCAAGUCUUAAAGUACAAACUGUAUGUAUGAUAAGAGAGAAAAACAGAUAUAGAAAAAUGUAAUUGAACUGAGCUGGCUCAAUGUUUAGGAACUAUGUAAAGAUAGCUGCUGUACGGUUCAAGGCAAAAUAAGCACUUUAAAUGUGAAUAUGUGGCUGACACGCAGCACUGGAGGUUUUAGAUGGGGAUCAGAGUAACAUAUGCACUGAAAGCACAAUACCGUUUAAAGGAAAGGUUUGCUAUUUUUGAUCCUGUGGCCUUUUUUCGGAUUAUCUAGUCUAAUCCUGGAUUGUGGAGACAUUCGUUUUUGUAAUUAAUACAGUUUUGAAAGUUUACGAUUUUUGUAAAGGAAACCUCUCCCGGCUAAAAUGAAAGUGAACGGGGCAACAGAUAUAGCGUUAAAUUAUGAUACAUUCGGUUUUCCAAAACAGGAAGGCCAGGAUAUAUUGAUAUAGGUCUCCGUAUGUUCGACGAAAUGUUUUGUCAAAACGAGCACUGUAUCAAUGGUUAUCACGGUUUAUUCUUUCUGCGCGUAUGAAUCGGUCUGUGAGGAGGCUGUAUGCGUAACUGGCUGUGUGCGUAACUGGCUGUUUUUACAAAACUGGCUCACCAGUAGUAGAAACUACUAGCUAAAAAAAACGAAUUUGUAUGAGCUGCUGCUAAACUGAUACGAAUUUGACUGCAAGUAGGAUGUAUCCGUCAAUCGUCUUUAUUUACAAAACUGUAACUCACGUUAGGAGUGGGAUUUAUUGAUACCCUAAUACCAUAGAGAACCUUGAAGUAUCCGUGGAUGAGGCUGAAUCGGCUCCAGCCCGUGCAACAGAUGGCAUUAACUUUCAAGCUAUUAUCAACCCUGCAGUUUUGGAAACCUUCCACGUCCCCAAGAAACUGCAGAGGCUGAAGGGAGCAAACCGACAACUCUCAGUUCUUUAAAUAGUCAUGUACUGUAAUAGCUAUUUGGAUAAUUCUGUCGUAAAUCCCGUUCUGCAUGAAUAGUAUGGGGAGGUACUGAAAGUACUAUUACGGAGCAUUGGGACAAUUUUUAUACCGUUAGGAAGGGCCAUGUCAGUUAUCUUCCCUGACUGAUAACAUUCUGGAAUGACGGCCUGUCUUUUAGACAAUUAGCUAGAUUUCAUUUUAUUAACAUAAUAGGGGACUGAACAUUCUCAACAUUUUGAUAAAUGUCCGUAAAUUGUGCUUGUUGCUAGCUAGUAAACUCCAAUGAGGUCAGCACUGUGGGCGUAGUUCAGUUGUUUUGAAACAGCACUGCGCUGUUAGCUCAAUUGCAGACGUUUACAGAUGUUGUGAGGUUGUAUUUAUGAACAAAAAUAGUUUGGUUUCACGUAGAACAUAACCAUUGAUACAAAGUUCAUUUUGGCAAAUUUUUUUCAGGAGAACAUACAGAAAGCUAUAUCAAUGUCUUCCCAUUUUGGAAAACCGAAUGCAUCAUAUUUUCAAACGCUUCGGUUGCUCUGUUUAAUUCCAUUUUACCGUAGAGCGAGAGACUGCAGAAAAAAUCGUAAACUCACAAAAAUUAAUUACAAAAAAUAAUCCACAGUCCAGGAUUAGGCUAGAUAAUCUGAAAAAAGGCCCCAGGAUAAAAAAUGGUGAACCUUUCCUUUAAGCAGACAUUGUGGGUCAUUUACCUUUGACAAUGUGUUAUAAAAUUCAUUCUUAAUGGAAUAUUUCUACUGUUAUGGCUUGGGAUCGUCUUGUAUAUUUAGAACUACAUUUUGAUUUCUCUUGGCAUCCUCACUAAGCUGUUGUAUUUUAUGAAGUUAAGAGUUUUUGCAGAGUUCCUCCUCGAUAAGGAUGCCAUUCUUUCUAUGAAAGUGAUAUUUUGUGUGGAGAGUACACACCUUAACGCUCUGGUGUUUUUCGGCAACUGCAUUGAUCAUGAUAGAGAUUCAUGUCACAGUUUUCACCCUUUCCUAAUGUUUAAUGCCUUUGUUACUUGAUUAAGUAUUAUUGAGUGUCACAAUGCACAAAAGUGUAUGUUUUGGAUAUGAAUGUCUACCAAAUAAAUCUAUAAAAUCAAAGAUUUCA